UCGAAUCUUAAUUUCUGUGGCUUGAUCUUCUUGAUCGUUUUCACUAGGUUUUUAUUUCCUUAAUCGGGUUUCAUCCAUGGCGUCAGGUUAUUAAAUGUUUCUUCCUCCCGCUCCGUUCAGCACAACGCUGUUGCUGUUAUAUUCAUUUGUCGUCAUCGAAAUUCUGGAUAGAAAAGAUUUCUGAGACAUAGGGUUUAGGGUUUUCUUUUGACCAAGUUCGGUCUUUUCUAGGUUUGAGGAUUCUCUUGUCCUGGAGCUCGAUCUAUUUAAAAUCUCUUUCACUUCGCUAUCUGCGCGACCACUGAAGUAACCCUGAUCGUGCGGCGAAAACUUUCUACUAUUCUGUCAAUUCAUUCUUUUCUGACUUCAACGAUCUCCAUUAUUUCUCACUGUCACAGUCUCCAAAAACCUCGACUUUGCAUGCAUGGAGGUGAGGUCCGAUCCUUCAAUGAUCCCCAAUAGGGACUCAUUCACCAUCAGCGUUCAGAAAUCUCCGGCAACAUCGCCGACGCCUGCGGCACAGAGCAUUCGAAUGCCAUACAGCAGCGACGGCCCGCCGGCCUUCAGGCCAGCUUCUUCUUCAGCUUCAUACCAGGUAGGCGGAGCAGAGUUACCUGCAGCGCAGAUUAUGGCCGUAAACACAGGGGAGUCCGUGAAGCGGAAGCGUGGGCGGCCGAGGAAAUACGCCGGCGAUGGGAAGCCGGCCGUUGGGAAGUCAGCCGCACCAUUGUCAUCACCUGCUUCUACUGGAUUCUCUUUGUCCUAUACCUCAUCUGCAACUCCUCGGUCUCGGGGGUCAUCUUCACUGCUGCUGGGGAAUAUGAAGAAGUCGAAAGGACGGGCGUCUGGUUAUGGGAAGAAGCUUCAGAUGGAUGGUUUAGGAUUGGGUGGAAUCGGGUUUACUCCUCAUGUAAUCACAGUUAAAGCUGGUGAGGAUGUUUCAUCAAAGAUCAUGUCAUUUUCGCACCAUGGACCUCGUGCAGUGUGCAUUCUUUCCGCAAAUGGUGCUAUAUCAAAUGUGACUCUUCGUCAAGCCGCAACUUCGGGUGGCACGGUUACUUACGAGGGCCGCUUUGAAAUCUUAUCACUUUCUGGUUCAUUUUUGCUGUCUGAGAGUGAUGGUCAGCGGAGUCGAACCGGUGGACUGAGUGUAUCAUUAGCUGGUUCUGACGGCCGUGUAUUGGGCGGCGGAGUUGCCGGACUUCUGACUGCUGCAUCGCCCGUUCAGGUGGUUGUGGGUAGCUUCAUUGCAGAUGGUGGGAGAAAAGAACCGGAACAUACCAUCCCAGCAGACAUCGCUUCCGCUCCUGUAAAACCUGCUCCAGUUGGAUUGCCAAACCCCUUAAGCCCCGCAUCACAGGGCACGGUGAGCGAGUCAUCCGGCGGCGGCCCCGGCAGCCCUGCGAACCGGAGUGCUAAUGGCAAUAACAAUCAACAACAAAGCCUGGCUAAUAUGCCAUGGAAGUGAAUCAGAACCUAUUUAUUUAACCGUUGUGAUAUUGUGUUUCCUAAGGAAUUCUAGAUUUUGAGUGAGUGAAAAAAAAUAUAUGAUUAUAUUUAUUGUUCUUUGAUAAAUGAUUAUUUAGCAGUGAAUUUGGAUGAAUGAAAUGUUAUUGGUGAUAGUUUUCUUGGGCCUUAAGAUUUAUAUGAUAA